UAGUACUAAUCUCGCUUCGAAUCACUCUAUAAAUACGGCACCCUAGCUACGGAAUCCUCAUCCAAACAACCACUAUACGAAAGCUAGGCUAUCUAUCGGAUCAGCAUCGUCGUCCACCAGUCGAGGGAUAAGCCCAAUUCAAGACUUAGACCAGCAUGAGCUCCUCGGACGAAGUCGCCGGCGGCAAGAAGACGUCGUGGCCGGAGCUGGUCGGGAAAUCCAUCGAGGAGGCGAAGAAGACCAUCCUCAAGGACAGGCCGGACGUGAAGACCGUCGAGGUCUUCCCCGUCGGCGCGCCGGUGACCGAGGACUUGAGGUUUGACCGUGUCCGUAUCUUCGUCGACACCGUCGCCGAGAUCCCCCGCAUCGGCUAGCGUUGCUUGAUUCAUGCUGCAGUAUGCUCGACCAGCUCAAGAAUAAGUUGCCGACGACGAGAAUAUGUACAAGUGUGUCUCGAGCUGUUACUAUGUCUGUAAUUCUCUGAAUAAACUCUGUAGCUAGUGAGUAUGCAUGAUGCUCUUAGCUAUUUGUCGAUCGCUAUGUAAUGGUAUUGAGAGUUGGUUGCAGCUUUGGAUGUCAA